AUGUCUCACUUCAAACUGUUGCAGCAGUUCAAACCUGACUACUCACCGAGUGAGUUCACAGAAUAUGAGUCUCAACGUACCGGCAUGAGGGUGGUUGUUAUCGACCAGAAAGGCCCUAAGGUGAACGGCUACUUUGUGCUCGCGACUGAGAUCCACGAUGACUCGGGCGCUCCUCACACUCUGGAACAUCUCUGCUUUAUGGGAUCCCGCAACUACCGCUACAAGGGUUUCCUGGAUAAGCUAGCCACUCGUGUAUACUCCAGUACCAAUGCCUGGACGGCCACUGAUCACACAGCGUACACCCUUGACACUGCUGGUUGGGAGGGCUUUGCGCGCAUCCUACCCGUCUAUUUGGAGCAUGUCAUUGCUCCGACCCUGACUGAUGAGGGCUGCUAUACCGAAGUACACCACGUUGAUGGCGCCGGAAACGAUGCUGGUGUGGUCUACUCGGAGAUGCAGGGUGUGCAGAACAAUGCAGCCGAACUGAUCGACCUGGCUGCUAAGCGAUUGACAUAUCCCCCUGGUAUUGGAUUCCGGUAUGAGACCGGUGGUAUGAUGGAGCAACUCCGUGUCCUGAGUCCGGAGAGAAUCCGGGAGUUUCACCGUGAGAUGUACCAACCGAAGAACCUUUGCUUGGUCAUCACUGGUGAGGUUGAUCAGAACAACAUGUUGGAAAUUUUGGAUAAGUUUGAAGAUACAAUCUUGGACGUCAUUCCGAGCCCUACUGCUCCCUUUACGAGACCCUGGGUGGAUUCUAAGCAGACUCCAGCUUUGGAGAAGUCUGUCAUCAAGAGAGUUGAAUUUCCCGAGGAGGACGAGUCCUUUGGUGAGAUUGAGAUUCGAUUUUUGGGACCGGAUUGCAAUGAUUCAGUUCAAUCUGGUGCGCUCAAUGUUGCUCUUCUAUACUUGGCUGGAUCAUCUGCGUCUCUGUUGGAGAACGUCAUUGUCGAGAAGGAACAGAUUGCUAGUGCUGUUUACUACGCAACAGAGGAGCACCCGAAUAUCGAAAUUCGCUUCACUAUGACUAGUGUUGAGACCAAGAAGCUCGAACAGGUGGAGAAGCGAUUCUUUGAGAUUCUGCAGGAGGCAAUGGAGAAGGACCUUGAUAUGAAAUACUUGAAGGAAUGUAUCGAGCGUCAACGCCGUACCUGGAAAUUUGCCACCGAGAGCUCUGCAUCGUCCUUUGCCGAGUACGUUAUCACCGACUUCUUAUUCGGAAAGCGAGAUGGCUCUACCAUGCGAGAUGUUGCAUCUUUGAAGGAGUAUGACGUGCUCGAGAAGUGGUCGCAGGAUGAAUGGCGUGGAUUUAUCAAGAAGUGGAUUUCAGACGCAAACCACGUUACCAUCUUGGGUGUCCCUUCUCAGAAGCUGUCUGACAAACUCAAGAAUGAUGAAGAGGCACGAGUGGCUGCCCAGAAAGAGCGUCUCGGCGAGAAAGGAUUGAAAGAUCUCGCAGACAAGCUCGAAAAGGCCAAGGCAGAGAACGACAAGGAAAUCCCAACGAAAAUGCUAGCUGAUUUCGAGAUUCCUUCCACUGAGUCUAUCCACUUCAUGGAAACUGUGACCGCUCGGUCAGGUGCUGCCUUGAAGGCUGGACGUCCCGAUAAUGCCCUUCAGACUUUCAUUGAUAGUGAUGCCAGCAAGGUGGACCUGCCCCUUUACGUGCACUUCGAACAUAUCCCCAGCAGCUUCGUGCAGCUGUCUGUUCUUCUUUCCGCACAGUCCGUUCCUAUCCAACUGCGUCCCCUACUGUCCAUCUUCACCGAGGCUUUCUUCAACAUUCCUCUCCAACGGGAUGGCAAAAUUAUUGACUUCGAGCAAGUUGUUGUUGAGCUGGAGAAGGACACUGUCGGCUACGGGAUGGAAGCGGCCCGAGCGCUUGGCAACUCUGAGAUGCUGCGUGUUUCUUUCCAGGUUGAACUGGAGAAAUAUGAAACUGCCAUCGCUUGGGUCCAGGAGUUGUCCUGGAACACCAUCUUUGAUGUGGAAAGACUGCGGGCUAUUACCUCCCGACUUCUGGCCGACGUGCCCGACUCUAAGCGCAGCGGUGAUGACAUGCUCGCUGCAGUUCAUGUGAUGGUUCAUUAUGCUGAAGAAUCUAUCACUCGCGCUCGAUCCACCUUGGUCAAGGCCCGCUACCUCAAGCGUGUCAAGAAGCUGCUUGCCGAAAAGCCUGAGGAAAUCGUGAGCCGGAUGGAGGAGAUUCGCAAGUCUCUUUUCCAGCCCGAGAAUGUCCGCGUAGUCGUCAUUGCGGACCUCGAGAAGCUCAAGAACCCCGUCUCUGCUUGGAAACCGUUUGCCGAGCGCCUGGGUAGCAGCACCGAUCUCAAACCCAUCACCAACCGCCGCGAACUGCUGAGUGAUGCAGGAAAGACAAUUGGCGGCAAGUCUUUCAUUGUCCCCAUGCCUACCGUUGACUCGUCGUUCGCGUACGCUACUGCCCGGGGUCUUGAUUCCUACGAUCACCCUAAGCUGCCUUCCCUGUUGGUCGCCAGCGCCUACAUGAACGCCGUCGAGGGUCCUCUCUGGGUGGCAGUCCGCGGUAAGGGUCUGGCUUAUGGUACCAAUUUCGCUCACAACAUUGACACGGGCUUUGUCAACUUUGACGUGUACCGAUCCCCCAACGCACACAAGGCCUUCGAGGCCAGCAAGCAGAUUGUCGAAGACCACCUGUCUGGCGCGAGCGCCUUUGACCCAUUGAUGCUGGAAGGUGCCAUCAGCAGUAUCGUCGUCAGCUUCGCCAACGAGCAGAUGACUGCUGCCAACGCUGCCCAGGGCAGUUUCAUCCGCCAAGUCGUGCGCAACCUGCCUCUAGACUACAAGGAGAAGAUGCUCAAGAAGGUGCGCGAUAUCAGCGUCGAUGAGGUGAAGGAUGCUCUGCGGGAUAUCAUUCUGCCGCUGUUUGAUCCCAAGACGGCUAACCUGGUUGUAACUUGUGGUACUGUUCUGGAAGAGCCCAUCAAAUCAGGUUUCGAGUCUGUCGGCUUCACGCCCACAGUCCAGCCUCUGAAGGAAUUCGAGGAUGACUACGGCUUCAAACUGGGUGCCGAGGAUGAGAAUGAGGAUGACGAUGACGAAGAUGAAGAUGAUGAAGACGAGGAUGACGAUGACGAAGAUGACGAGUCCGGAUCCGAAGAGGAAAGUGACGACGAAGAUGACGAGUAA